AUGUCUGCUCUACUCCACGCACCGCUGACCGAUCUCACAGCUCUGUCCCAAACACUCUUUCUGUCCCUCUCACCACCACAAUCCAAACCUCCACCACCUCCUCCAAUAUCAGCCUUCAUUGAGUGUGACUAUGCUUUGGCUCAGGCCGUACAGAUGGCAAGAACACACCAGGCGAAGCAGCGAAGGAUAGAGGAGCUGAAGAGGGAGGUCAUGGGGCUGGAUGAACGGUGGAGGGAUAUUGUGGAAGAGCUAGAGAAUGGGAGAAGAGAUUUAGAGGAUACCAUCAGGGAAGGGGAUGAGAGGAUGAAGGGAAUUGAGAAGGCGAAGGACGCUGCGAUACCAUACACGGAAUUGCUGGCAUAUGCACAAAGUCUUAGUUCAUUCACUUCCGCACCCCCAAACAUGCCCGACCUAGCCCUUCCUGGCCAACCACCCCCACCAUUGUUCUUCCCUCCUUUCCCCAACGAGGAGAGAAUGCGCAGAGGCCGACUAAAUGCAGAGGCCCCCCUUGGUCCGCUCGGGGAGACUCACUCCGUUGGCAGACAACCUGAACGAACACCGUCGCCACCCCCUGAGCAACGCCUUCCAACGUCUUACCGCCCACCUCUACCACCUCAGCAGAUAUUUGAUCUGGAUCUGGACUUGAAUCCAGAUCUAUGA